CAUUUUAAGAAACAGAAGAGGUUGAUUCCUGAAAGAACAGUUUGGAAGUACUUUGUUCAGCUUUGCAGUGCUUUGGAACAUAUGCAUUCUCGUCGUGUUAUGCAUAGAGAUAUAAAACCAGCUAAUGUGUUCAUCACAGCUACAGGGGUAGUAAAGCUCGGAGACCUUGGACUUGGUCGAUUUUUCAGCUCCAAAACCACAGCUGCACAUUCUUUAGUGGGUACACCUUAUUAUAUGUCUCCAGAGAGAAUACACGAAAAUGGUUACAACUUCAAAUCUGACAUCUGGUCCCUGGGCUGUCUGCUGUAUGAGAUGGCUGCACUCCAGAGUCCGUUUUAUGGUGAUAAAAUGAACUUGUAUUCCCUGUGCAAGAAGAUAGAACAGUGUGACUACCCACCUCUCCCUUCAGAUCACUAUUCAGAGGAACUACGACAAUUAGUUAAUAUGUGCAUCAACCCAGAUCCGGAGAAGCGACCAGACAUAACCUAUGUCUAUGAUGUAGCGAAACGUAUGCAUGCACACACUGCGAGCAGCUAA